GUGACCCCCUGCUCUGUCCUCACUCACUCGCCGCAGCCACCCACCACUCGCUCGCUCGCCAUUCCCCUUCCCCCCUCCUCGUCGUCGCGGCGCGGCGGCGGCAAGGCAAUGGCGAUGGCCUCCACCUACGCGCCGGGCGGCGGCGCGGGGGCGCUCGCGCCGGGAAGGGCCAGGGCCCGCGCGCCCACCGGGGGGCUCGUCCUCGGCCCCUCCAAGGCCGGCCUCCCCCGCCCCCUCGCCCUCGCCAGGCGGAGCCCCCUCGCGGCCGCCGGCGCCGCCAGGCUGCGGUGCGCUGCGUCCUCGUCGUCGGCGGCCCCCACGCGGCCCGUCACGGCGCCCCGGUUCAUCCAGCACAAGAAGGAGGCCUUCUGGUUCUACCGCUUCCUCUCCAUCGUCUACGACCACGUCAUCAACCCGGGCCACUGGACCGAGGACAUGCGCGACGACGCGCUCGAGCCCGCCGACCUCUACAGCCGCUACCUCAAGGUCGUCGACGUCGGCGGCGGCACGGGCUUCACCACUCUCGGGAUCGUCAAGCACGUCAACCCGGAGAACGUCACGCUGCUCGACCAGUCCCCGCACCAGCUCGAGAAGGCCAAGCAGAAGGAGGCGCUCAAGGGGGUCACCAUAAUGGAGGGUGACGCCGAGGACCUGCCCUUCCCAACCGACACCUUCGACCGAUACAUCUCCGCCGGCAGCAUCGAGUAUUGGCCUGAUCCGCAGAGAGGAAUCAAGGAAGCGUACAGGGUCCUGAGGUUUGGUGGGACAGCUUGUGUGAUUGGCCCCGUGUACCCAACCUUCUGGCUCUCCCGCUUCUUCGCUGACAUGUGGAUGCUCUUCCCCAAGGAAGAGGAGUACAUCGAGUGGUUCAAGAAGGCUGGGUUUAAGGAUGUCAAGCUGAAAAGAAUUGGACCAAAGUGGUACCGUGGUGUCCGAAGGCAUGGCCUGAUCAUGGGAUGCUCUGUUACAGGUGUGAAGAGAGAACGUGGAGACUCUCCUUUGGAGCUUGGUCCGAAGGCUGAGGAUGUCAGCAAACCGGUGAAUCCAAUCACCUUCCUCUUCCGCUUUCUCAUGGGAACGAUAUGUGCUGCAUACUAUGUUCUGGUGCCCAUUUACAUGUGGAUAAAGGACCAGAUUGUGCCCAAAGGCAUGCCAAUCUGAGUGAAGGGGACUGAGCUGCAAGGAAGAGAGGAUAGCCAUCGUCUCAAUUAGUCUUCUCUAUAUUAGGCGCUUCCUGUCUUUUUUGUAUUUAUCUUUUAUUUCUCUGGUGUUAUGUACUUCUACUAUUGUCCGUAUUUGUGUGAAGCAAUAAUAUUAAGACAUGGAUUAAUCUCAACAAUUUCUUGAGCAU